GGCUGGCGGCUGCCGUCUCCAGUCACCUCUGGUGCGGCACAAAGGACAGUGGUGCUGCGCUGCUUUUCCAGGAACACAAACCUCCCUCUUUAUUUUUGUGAGCUUAACGCGCCUCCGAGCACAGGAGUUUCAUUAAUACAUCACAAACAACAAAUCAAUCCGCAUAUCAAUCAACAUGUAGAUAAAUCAAUUUACAAAUUCUGGACUAAGUCAGUUGUGCAGUUAGUCAGCUGUUAGCAUCUGCCUCACGCAGUAUUGAGUAAAUGAAGGAUACUGGUCAGUGACAUUCGUCUCCUUACACAAUAUCGCAUUCGUUCACUCCCCGCCGUGACACCGGUUACAGAAGGUGGGAGUAAAAACAGGGCUGGUUGGAACGUGCGUCCUUCAUCCUGCAUAUCACACAACCAGUAGCACCACCAUGACUCGUACACUCUGCUCAGGAAGUGGGUGGUUGCUGUUCCUUGCGGCGCUGCGAACCGUGUUGGCACUCACUGACGAAGGAGAAGUCGAAGGUCUCAAUGCUGCCAAGAUGACAGUGGACAACGUUUGGACAGGAGCUGACACCAUUACUGUCUCCAUCCUGCCCUUUAACAUCUCCGACCGCAAAAUCAUGGUGUCUGUGCAGCAGCAGGACGACGACAGCAUGAUAGUGGUCGAUACGCUCCAGGGACCUGCGCUGAAUUUUCUCAUGCCAAUAAAGCAUCAAGUGGAUGAGCUUAUACCAGACACCUGGUAUAAGGUGUGUGUGGCAUUGAGUGAGCAGGAAAGCACCCAGCCUGAUACAUUACACAAUGAAUGUUACAAGGUCAAGACAUUCCCCAGAGUGGACAAUAUCAGAGGAGUGUAUGCAGCCCUGGUAGCUGUGGCUAUCUUCCUGGUGGUCUGUGGGGUGGGCUGGCUACUCUACAGGGUAUUUUGGGUUAAAUACUACACCCAAGUACUUAAAGUUCAAGACAACCAAGAAGUGGAGCAGCCGAUGGCAGGACAGACAGCCUCCAGCCCGACACAGAUCAUGACCUCAGAGACUGAAUCAUCACUCUCUACAGUAGGAACAACACAAUAGAACCACUGACAAUGUUCCUUCCACUGAUGAAAGGAGCACCAUUAGUCCUACAAAGCAUUAGGAUCCAUAUCAUUAUUACCAAUAAUAUAUAUCUGUAAUGUACUACAUAUAUCUGAAUUUGAAUAUGUACAAUUUUAAGUUGUACGUAACCAUUCCUAUUACUUACAACUUACAUGUUACUAUUACGGAAAAUAAAGUAAAACAUAC